AUGACAGUCUCACAAUCACUUGUCCUCUACAGCGCACCUAGCUCGACCACAACAUCAGUCGGACCAAGUGCAACAUCACUCAUACCAUCGAGGUUCUUCACUCAACAAAAUGGUACUGCAAUUGUGACCGAACUGCUCUACCGUAUCCUCUUCGACAUCAUCCAGCGCUUCUUGACCUCCUUCCAGCGGCUUGCGUCCAAGGGCAUGGAUAGGUGUUCCUCCUGGCUUGAACGCAAGCUACAAGAGCGCGAGGAGCGACUGGCCAAUGCAAAAGACGGCCUUCAAAUCGUUGAGGAAGUAAGCAAGCUGGCGUCGCAAAGGGGAUUCAUCACUUGUCCCAUAACGGGUGCUGACACGAAUGGUGGAGGACCUCAACCACCGAGGUGGGUGAGAGGUGUGCUGGAGGGUAUUGAGGAGGGUAUCAUGGAAGAGAAGGAUUUCUGGAUCCACACGCACACGGGAUGA